AUGUCACACCAAUCAGCCUACUACAAAGCAGUACUACGUGAUAAAGGUGCUUUUGAAGGUAAAGAUUUUCUAGUAUCAACUGAUUCCAUUACGUGGAUCAAAGUUGAUUCUUUAUCAAUCACUGAACACGGACAGUUGUAUUCCUCUGAUGAACAAGCAAACCACUAUUUGUUGUUACAGUCACUACAAUCGUGCCACGUACAAAUUUUGACAAGUGCAUCUUCGUCUCCCACCAACACCACCGCCAGCACUACUAAACUGCAGCAACACUCACCUUCCAGUAAACGAAGCUUGUCUAAACGCAGUGGCAGCCAGCAUCAGCUGAAUGAAUCUCAGCUGGAUGACCCUCCAACUGUUUUUAUCAAGACUUUUGACAAUGACAAGCUAUACAUUAAAAUUGCAUCUAAAGCGAACUUUGGUAAUUUGAUUAGUAGUUUGAUUGUGUGGCAGAAUUUGAAACCUCAAGGAUUGGCAAAGAAGUGGUAUAGUGAAAACAAAGUUGCUAACAAACUUGACGCCGUGCCCAAUGAGUUGUUGGUUUGUCGGUUCAAGAUUUACGGCCCAUUGCCCAACAAAUACAAGAAUUUAAAUGUAAUUAGCGGACCUCAAGCCCCCACUUAUCAACCAAAGAUUGAUGAAUUUGCCACAAAUCCUCGCAAGAAUACCAGCGACAAUAAUACCAGCGGCAAUUACAAUGACAAUGCGAUUAGUGGCUCAGUUUUCCAAUCAACAAAUGACAAUAAUACCAUCAAUGAAGGUUGGUUUUACACCAUGGGUGCUUUAAAUUCCAACGGGAUACUAAAUUUCAUUAGCGAGUUGGAUGGAACACUAUUGUACUCGAUAGACAUCAAGAGCAUAUUAGCGAGCGAAAUACGCGAGGUACAUCACUCUAUAUUCAACAGCAGUAACGUCUUGUUUGUGGGCCAAUUGAAGGAAUUACGAUACAACAACACUAUUAGAACUACUACAACAUUGACUGCUGACCAAUUAUUGACAACUUUCUUGACACGUGAGGGAAAGAUUAUACCUAGUAAUCAUCGUAUCUUUAUUGAAUUCCCAUUACAUAUUGAUUUGGAAGAUUGGUUUGUUGGAUUAAAUUAUUUUGCUAAACGGGAGUAUAUUGGGUCUUUUAACAGUGAAUCCAAGUUGAUAAAUGCUGAAAAUAGAGACCAUCCUCAAUUGCGUGACUUUAGCAAAGCUCAUUUCAGAGUUUCGAAAAAAUUGACUAUUGACAUUAUUGAAGCCAAGUUUGAAAAUAUGAGUAACAGCAUUAGUCCCACUACCAACACCAAUUCCCAAAAUCACCCUGCCAAAAUUUACGCCGAAGUGCGAAUGUGGGGGUACCCGUGGUCAAGAACUGCCAUUGUGAAUCAAACCAAUAACCCCUUUUGGAAGGAGGAGUUUCUGACUGACUUGCCGAUUUCGACGCAAAUGAUUCAUAUUUUGAUCAAAAGAUGUAACCACGAUUCAGUUUAUUCGCCGCAGGAUAAGUUGUUGGGAACUAUUUACGUUACUCCAGAUAUUCUUACAAAGCAGAUUAAGACAAGCUCCACAAUAAUGACCAGCGCAGCUUCGGUCAAUAGCAUACACGUCAAUUCGAUUCCACUACCUUCCUCGAACGCCACCAUAGACAAUGCCAAUAGCGCCAAUCUCGAUAUCAUGCGAUUGACCAUCUACGAUCCAAACAACAUCCCCAUUGGGAAACUUCUUGUUGAAGUCAAUUUGAAAGAGUAUCACAUUUUGCCCCCACAAUUUUUCAAACCAAUGGAAAAGAUGUUGGUGAAUGCUCCUUGGAAAGAUUUGAUCAAGUUUUGUAAUGAAAAUGUUUCCUCAGCCGAUUUUGAACGCGUUAGUGUUGUUUUACUUGAUAUUUUCCAAAGCCUAAAAGUUGAAGAUGAGUGGUUCAAGAAUUUGAUGGAGAGCGAAUUGGUUAAUUUGGAUAGGGCUUCAAGGAAAAGCUAUCACAAGAGGAAUAGCCAGGACAAGAAGGAGAGCGCCAUCAAUCCCACUUCUUCACUGAAUAAUGUUUUCAAUACCUUGUUUCGAGGGUCUUCGAUUUUUUCCAAGUCGCUUGAAAAGUAUAAUUUGCGAAUUGGUCAAGAAUAUUUGGAAAAAGUAUUUGGUGAUUUUUUUGCCAAGAUUGAUCGCGAGGGCAAAAACUGUGAAGUUGAUCCUCGGUAUGUACGGGUCCAAGAGCGGGCGUUGCGAAAAGGUUAUCCUUCAAUAGAUGACGCUGAAGACUUUGACGAUGAUAGUAGUGGCGGUAGUGAUGGUGAAUAUGAUUCUGAUUUUGAACGUGAAAAAGAUGAACGUGUUAAACAAAUGGUUGAAGAAAACUAUCACAACUUAUUGGGGUAUGCUGAGGAAAUUUGGCACAAGAUUUACAUUACUUCUAAGGAUAUGCCUGAUCAAAUCAAGAGGCAAUUGGAGAGCUUUAGAAGCAAAGUUGAGUUAGUUUGUGAGCCAGAUGACAAGACUACAAGCUUAAAUUGUGUUUCGGCGUUUUUAUUUCUUCGAUUCUUUUGCCCUGCUAUAUUGAAUCCCAAAUUGUUCUAUCUUGCCAAGAACCAUCAGACUGGUACUACUCAGCGAACAUUGACAUUGAUUGCAAAGAUUUUAUUGAAUUUGGCUAAUCGACAAGAGUUUAGUAUUCACAAAGAACCACACUUGAUCAAAUUGAAUCCAUUUUUGCGAUCACACAAGGACGAAGUUAUUACUUACUUUAAUCGAAUCACUGGCAGGAGCAACGAUUUCAAUGAAAAGAUACUUGAUCUAAGUCAUGAGCUCAAGAGGAUGAAUCUUGGAUUAGACCAACAUAAUUCCAAUGAGCUUCCAAGUACGCCAUACUUGAUUGAUCACUAUUUACGACUAACUGAAUUGGCAAUGUUGGUAGCCAAUGCUGAAAGUGUAAACAACAAUAGUAAUGCUAGUGGCAACGGCAACGGCAACGGCAACGGCAACGGCAACGGUAAUGGCAAUAAUAAUGGCGUCUCUCAUCGAGCUACUGGUAGUCUCGCAGCAGAUGCAAUAUCCAGCUUUUCCAAUUCUGUUUCCGCCACACCUCAACUGGACUUGAUUCAUCCCAAUUUAGACGAAUUGGAUGAAGGAGAUGAAAAUAAAGAUGUGUACAAGAUUGGCGCGUUGGAAUUUGAACGCAAUGAUCUACUUGAUUUAGCUGGAGAGGAUAAUGCCGAUGGGUUUAUUCAUUCCUUGUGCAAGGACAAUGAACAUAUUUUUUCCUUUAUUAAUGAAAAUAUCACAUUUAAAGAUAUUCAAAACCAAUGUUGCAAAUUAGCCAGAAAAGUUAAUGAUUGGGAUACGUAUCUUGAAAACUAUGAAUUCCCCAUGAAUUAUUACUUAUCCAAUGAUUUGUUGUGGCAAGUAUUUGGUCAUUAUAUCUUGAAGAAUACAUGGAUUGAUGCACGGGGAUGUUUAUCGAGUUCUAGUUCAUUGGGAUUCUCGCAAAAUACCAGUAGCGGCAUAGUUGGAUCCACAUCAAGUUCGUCUUCGUCCUCGUCGUGGUCAUUGUAUCGUCAAAGAGGCGGGUACAAGAAUUUGAUUGAUGAUCACGCUAUGGCUAGUUUGAAGUUGAAGUUUGGUGGCGAUGAGCAAUAUUAUCGGUUAAAGUCGACUUCGUUGUCGAGUUUGAAUAGUAGCACUGGGGGUGGAAGUGUAAGUGGUGGUAUUUUCAGUGGAAGCAGUAUUGGCAGUUCUGAUAGAUCAUCUGGCAGUGAAGGGUUGAAGAGGAUUAAGAAUUGGUUUAAACGGUAG